AACCGGUGCACUAAUGACAGCAAAGUAUGUGGUGUAAAUGCGAGGUGCAUAAAGACUGAUCACUCUUAUGGCUGCACCUGCAAAGAAGGAGUCACGAGAGCUGGAGGGUUUUGUUCAGAUGACGAAUGUCGCACCAUUAUUUUCCAAACACCAAUACACAACAAAGUCAUAGAGGGCAAUGUCAUCAGAACUGAAGAGGUUUCACAUCAGGGGAGCUGUAAUGAAAUGUGUCAUAUGGAACCUAGCUGUGUGUCCAUGAACUUUGGACCCAAGGUGGGAGGAAACUUCACCUGCGAAUUGAAUCAGGAUCAUUCUUCGGAGGGAGACCAAAGCCCGCUUGUUCCACAAAGUAAAAAUGGUCACAUUUAUCUCGCUAUUGAGAAUCCCUGCAGCAGCAAUCCAUGUUCAAACAAUGGCACGUGUCAAGCUGGAUACACUGAUAAAGGGUUUCGCUGCAAAUGUCCUUCAGGGUUCACUGGCGCACACUGCAAUAAAGCUUGCAGCUUUGACUUUGAAGAUGGAAUCGGCGCAUGGGAAAUGACAGGCACAGCUUUCAUUUACCAGCCAACAUUUGGUGACAAUCCAGUGGCACGCAAUAGAGAUAGCGCCAAUCAGCAAGGGGACUGGUGGAUAGGGGGGAUAGAGAAACGACCCAGCGAGAGCGAUCCAGCAGGACACUUGCACCCAGGUGGUGCCGAUCUACCCCAGGGAACUCUAAUUUCUCCUUGUUUCCGUAUCGCUGGCAGAGAUAUCUCGUUUCUCAUCGGUGGAGGAUGUACCAUAAGUGAUAUCCGUGCGGAGCUUAUUGUCGACAACCAGGUUGUCAGAAAAGAAACAGGCAGUUGUAGCGAGACAAUGUACCGUAAGAGCUGGGACGUAAAAGAAUUCAUUGGUCAAUACGCCCAAGUCAGACUAGUUGAUGAGAGGGAUCGUCGUUGGGGUCACAUCAACUUUGAUGACCUGAAGGGAGGUAUUAUUUGUCCUCACAAUUCAGACGAAAACAACUGAAGGGAAAGUAACGGCACAAAAGGAUAAGCGUUUUUCAGGUUUUUACAGAUAGUCGCCUUGUGACUGUACAGUAAGGUUUUACA